CUUGAAAUUCGGAACUGGCGGCUUUAAUUGCUUAAAAGAGAAUCGUAUAUCGCUAAAAUUCGACAUUCUCUUAUCGCAUUUUUUCCCUUUUUUUCCCCAUGGAAAUUUUCUUUGUAUGGUUGGAACUACGUGCUUCCAAUUUGGUGGUCUCGCCCGAAUCUUCCACUUUUCAUUCUAUUUAUUCGACCAAAACGCAGGCACUAACCCAUGCUGCAAUCGUAACCUUGAGCUCUUGUUGGAUAUCUCUUUGUGCUGUAUAUUGUGCGAUCCGGUUUCACAGCGUCUACCUGAUUUGCUAUGGGUUACAGCAGCAAUGAUAUUGAUAAGAGUAAUCAGCAGAAUGAUCUCGGUGCCAUUGUAGGCAACGGAAGAGAAAUUCUUUUUCAGGCAUUUAAUUGGGAGUCUCAUAAGUAUGAUUGGUGGAGAAAUUUGGAAAGGAAAGUUCCUGAUAUCGCUAGAUCUGGAUUUACUUCAGCAUGGUUGCCACCAGCAAGUCAGUCCUUUGCACCUGAAGGUUACCUUCCACAGAACCUUUAUUCCCUCAAUUCUUGUUAUGGUUCGGAGCACCUGUUGAAAGCAUUACUUCAAAGAUUGAAGCAACACAAAGUUAGAGCAAUGGCUGACAUAGUCAUCAAUCAUCGUGUUGGAACUACCCAAGGCCAUGGUGGAAUGUAUAACCGUUAUGAUGGAAUCCCUUUAUCAUGGGACGAACAUGCUGUCACAUCUUGUACUGGUGGAUUGGGUAAUAGAAGCACUGGGGACAACUUCCAUGGGGUUCCAAACAUUGAUCAUAGCCAGCAAUUUGUUCGGAAAGAUAUUGCUGCAUGGCUCCAGUGGCUACGGAAUAGUGUUGGCUUUCAGGAUUUUCGAUUUGAUUUCGUAAGAGGGUAUUCAGCAAAAUAUGUGAAAGAAUAUAUUGAAGGAGCUAAGCCAAUAUUUUCUGUAGGGGAGUCCUGGGAUUCUUGCAACUACAAUGGUCAUGGUUUGGACUACAACCAAGAUAGCCACAGACAGCGGAUAAUCAAUUGGAUUGAUGGCACUGGACAGCUUUCAACUGCGUUUGAUUUCACAACAAAGGGAAUUCUUCAGGAAGCAGUUAAGGGACAAUUCUGGCGCCUUCGGGAUCCUCAAGGGAAACCACCAGGGGUCAUGGGGUGGUGGCCUUCAAGAGCUGUAACAUUCCUUGAUAACCAUGAUACAGGCUCAACCCAGGCUCAUUGGCCCUUCCCUUCAUAUCACAUCAUGGAGGGCUAUGCAUAUAUUCUCACACAUCCAGGGAUACCAACUGUGUUUUAUGACCAUUUCUACGAUUGGGGCGAUUCCAUCCAUGACCAGAUCGUUAAACUGAUGGACAUUCGAAAGCGUCAAGACAUUCAAAGCCGAUCAUCUAUUAGAAUUCUGGAGGCACAGGCAAAUCUCUACUCUGCAAUCAUUGGCGACAAAGUGUGCAUGAAGAUUGGUGAUGGGUCAUGGUGUCCAACUGGCAGAGAAUGGUCAUUGGCAACUUGUGGCCAUAGGUAUGCAGUAUGGCAGAAGUAAAGCCUCUAAAGCAAUAUUAUCCCUUACCCAUAUCUAUUUUGGGAUUGGCCUCGGGGCUUGGGCUUUUCCCCUUUAGCCAUAGUAUUACAAAUUUACUAGAAGAAUCGUACGUUGUACUGGGUUUUCAUUUACCGUCUCUAAUAAUAAUAUAAUAAUAUCAAAUAUUUCUGGAA